AUGGAGGAGAAACAAGAAGAGCAAACUUGUAAACAGAAGUUACUAUUUUAUACUACCGCUUUCUUUGUACUGCUCGGUAUAUUCAGCUUGUUUUCGUUUCUAUUCCUUGUGCCUUUUGUCAUCGACCCAGCUUUCACAACAAUAUUUAUGGAAUUUGAUGAGACACCAGUUUUGUGUGUGACAGUGAAAAGUGAGAGACGUCUAGGUGUAUCAAAUUGUAGUUGGACUUCAUGCCGGGAAGGCUGCACCAGGGAUAUGUACGACUGCACGCAGAUAUUGGUGAAUUAUAAAAAGAAUGCUACUGAAAUUGAUAACACCACCGUUAUCAGCGAGGCCCCAUCCAAAGAUCUCGUUGACAUAGCCUUAUUCGAUGAUUUCGAUGACAAAACUAAUUAUUCAUCCCUGUGGUUUUACAAAGAAGCUAGAUUACUACCGAACGUAAAAGGUUGCGGCUAUCCACCAAUGCUCAAUUGUACUAUAUUUCUGAAAAAACACAAGAACAUAGGUACAAAUUUUACUUGCUACUACAGCCGUGUAGAUCCAAGCAUAGUCAUCACCGAUUUGGACAUGUGGCAAGUUUAUAUGAAUUUAGUGUACGCUAUGGCGAUUCCAAUACCCUCUUUUAUCAUUUCUGUUAUAUACUUGGCCUUCGCUUACUUUAAGAUAUACAAUGACGACGAAGAAAAGGCGCCCUUAGAGAAGAACGCCGAAGAUAUGGAUGUUCAGGGGGAUAAUGGGUCUAUCACUCCUGUCCUACAAUCAGCCAGUGACGGUAUCACUCCAGCCAGUGAAGCCUUCAGGGAAGAUUUGGCCAGUUUUGGCCAUCAUUUCAAAGUCGCUAUGGUCGACGAAAUGAGUCGAGAUAGCUUUGCUGAUGGAAUUGUUAACUCAAUUUCUAUUAGCGGAAAUUUGGGGAAACCAAUGACCACCAGCAUCUCGUCAACAGGAGGACCUAUAGACGAUAUCUAAUCAGGCUUCAGUAUAAAAUUCACACGCACAUCAAAAGUGUUCGGAUAUUGGUAAACUCGUUUCAGGUAAAACUUCGAAUGAAGAGUCUCCAGUUGAAAAUGCACGACAAGAAUUCCAGACAUGGAAGAUCCAGAACUGAAUGGGGGAGAGAAAUUCUCGGAUGUGUUUUUGAAAGAUCGAAACUGUUGAAAAUAUGGAACUGAAAUUGAAUAAGUAAUUUCACAACACUGACGAGAAUAUAUAAUAUGUAUAUAUGGGUUGUGAACAUCCAGACUCUAAACCACGAAGAUAAUUGCACAGCACUAUUUUUCUAGAUGCGCUUAUUAAUGUUUUAUUCGUAGUAUUUCAUAUAUACCUAGGUUCUUUGUUACACAAUAUCCCUUAUGAAUUGUACACACUUUUGAUGAUGUGUGUUCAAAGCUUAACCCAGUUUUCAAUAUAUUACACCUUACAGUCUAGCGUAAGUUAACUGAAGUGUUUCAAUUGAAUUUGACAAAUUUAGGUCACUCCAUUUAAGUCAUUCCAUAUUGCUUUAACCAUGAGGAGGACGAAAUACCAAGUUCUGAAAUUGGUCGAUUAUCACCAAUUAUAGCAAUAAAAUUUAAUAAUAUUCAACUUUGAGCUUGAUAUUUGAUAUAAUUUGUUUUCCAAAGUUAUUGAAAUUAAAUUUUUGAAACUUUCUAAGUGUAACUUUUUGCUCAAUCGUCCGCUUUAAUGAGGUUUUAUGUACAAUUUCAAACAUUAAGCACUUCUUUGACUACUGCCAUGAGGUUAUCAUGAGAUCCCUUUUAUAACUUAAACAAUAUGAAAGUCAACGAAUAUUGUUUUCGACAGUGUCUUUUUAGAAAUUGAAUGACCAAAGAGGUGAAGUAAAAAUGUCAUAGCUCAAAGAUUUAGGCGUAGUACUAUUUCAAAUUUUUAUAUGCUGAUUUCUGUCCAUUUGCAUAUUGUUAUUGCACAUAAGUGGUGCUUCAUAUCGUGCCUGCAAUUUUUUAAUUAUUAGCCUUUCUUAUUUCAUCUUGAAAAUAUAUACGAAAUUCAUUUAUGUUCAUAAAUUAUUGAGAUGAUGUGAAUUCCUAACUCAAAAGGGAUUUGCUUCAUUCAAAAUUAGUUGUCACGUUUGCUGAUAGUUUGAGGAUACAAAGAGAAUAAUGUCGAAUCAAACUUAGAUAACUUUUUUCAGAAUUAGGCCUUCAUUUAUCCUAGAGGUCUAACACAAAGAAUAAAUAUGGAAGUGGUCCCUCAAAUAAUCAGCUUACAUUAUCUAUUUCGUAAAAUUGAUUAUCUGUACCACCCACCUUUAGGAAUUACAAGGUUCUAUUGAACGCUUUAUAGAUGUUCACUUAUGAGCGUGGACUUAUAGAAGUAAUAAUAGUACAUCCAGUUAAAAAACUGUUUUUUAUACAGUGUAUCAAUUUGAAAAGGUACCACCUUCAAUAUCUCGGCUCCUAUGCAAAAUCAAGCCUGUGAAAGUGAUGACAGUAGCAAUCCCCCAAAAUCUUAAAUGGAAAGGGGGGUUGAGUGAUACCUUGUUUUGAUGGUAAUUAAUUACCCUUUUGAAGCAAUUCUUCCACAUUUUGACACUUAGAAUGUCCCCAGAGGAAAAAAACCUAACGGUGUCUAGUCUGGAUAGCGUGUUGGCCAUUCAAUUGGCCCCCUCCCAUUUUAGGGGUGUUGCUGUCAUCACGCUCACAGGGUUGAUACAAAUUGAUUGCAACCAACCGUAUAAAAGUCCCCCUAUGAACCAAAGUUUACCUCUUUUUGCAUUCUUUCAUAUUUUUCAUGGGGCUCGAGAUAUUAAGGAUAUGAUACCUUUUCAAAUUGACCCACGGUAUAUAUAUUUCUGUCUUCACACAAAUUCCAUUAAAUGGAUUCCAUGCGGAAUAUUUUUGCAGUUUUGAAAUUAAUGAUACGCAUAUAUAAUUCAAAAUAAAAUGAUAAGUGUGUAUUCAGUACGUAAAAACGUCUGAUACGUACUUAAAAAACAAAAAAGAAAUUUAUAGUAUGAAUGAAUUGACCUCUUAAUUAUUUGUUGAACUUUAUUUUUCUUUUUAGUACUCUACUAGAUAAAUUGUUUGAAAUGUAUGGGAGAAUACGAUACAAGCAUUACAAACCAAAACAUAAUUUUAAUUAUUUUUCAUGUCAUAAUUUUGAAAAUUAUAUUGA